AGCCCACGCCCAGCCCCACACGACAACACCGCCCCGGUUAGAGCGUUUGUAAUGAAGCCUCUGGAUCACUGAUUUGAGGCAAUAUUAGUUGUUACAAUGUAAUCUCGGGUUAAUUCAUGUGGUGCAUAUCUUUACUCUCUCUGACUUACAGACUGAAUUCUGAUGAAUUCACAGUGAGAGCAUAGCCAAUUAAACGCUACCAACAACAUGGUGGAAUCCUUUGCAUGUAUUUUGUUGAUUAAUUUCUAGUCAAAUCGUAAGAUAAUUGUAUAGCUCCACUCUGCAUGCUAUACAUAAUGUAACGGCAUAACCAAUAAUUACACGAGACCUUUCGGGACACAGGCAAGGGGAUUUCACAUCAGUGGACUACAGAUCCCUAAAGGCUCGGGAGACCCUCCCGCUCGCGGUAUCCAGGAAGUUGUAUACCGUUGUCAACCAAACUUACAUGGCAAAAUGUGUUGUUGUUAGCUGCAAAAUGUAGAUUUUUUUGGUGAAGGACGGUGCGAUUCAAAAACAUAUUCUUAUUCUGUCAUCAGCUAAUACUUGGGCACAGCCCUGUUCUCUCGACAUGUCACUGAACGAAUAAUUAUAUAUGAUUGUUUUAGUAGAACGUGGUUCAUUUCAGUAUCUGUUAAGAAUAAGAAACUUAUGGUUAGAAAUCAACUAGCGUUAACGUUAUCAUAGUUAUCGUUAGCAGUCCGACAAAGGCAACGUUAGCCCCUCAUCCUAACUUCAAGUGAGAAGGUAAUAAACCUGAUGUCGAUGAUGGACAGUUUUGAAAAAUCCAGGUGUGCAAGUCGCCCAGGUACAGCUUGUAUGUUAAUAACAGAGUUUGGUGGAGCUAGUCAGAUGAAUCCCACUCCAACAAACUAUGAAGAUGCGGAGGUGCUGACAGAACUUAAUCUGUCUUCAGAAAAGCUGAAAGCCCUGACAAAUACAGAAGACCUUGGCAAAGUCACCAUGUUGGAACUGUGUGUGGACACACAACAUAAUACCCUUGGCAAUUUUGGUACCUACUUGCCCAACCUGACACAGCUGAGAAUGAGCAAUAGUUUGAUUUUUUCCGUGAGGGACCUCGGAACAACUCUUUCCCACCUGAAGGUCCUCUGGCUGGUCCGCUGCUGCCUGACUGACUUGGAUGGGAUCGCCGCGCUCUCCUCUCUCAAGGAGCUGUACGUGGCCUACAACAACAUCUCAGACCUCAGUCAGGUCAGCAUGCUGGAAUGUCUGGAGGUGUUGGACCUGGAGGGCAAUGACGUGGACGAUCUUGUGCAGGUCCAGUACCUGGGUCUGUGUAGCCAGCUCAGAACUCUGACCCUGGAGGGGAACCCCGUCUGCUCUUGUCCUCGCCCAGAGGCCACAGAGACGGAGGAGUACAGCUACUGGUCGGCGGUGCGGGAGUUGGUCCCACAGCUGCGCUACCUGGACGACGUCCCGGUGGAGGAGGCGGUGGCAGGGAGCCGAGCCGCGGUUGAUGAGGACUUGGCCCUGCUAAAGGAGUCCAUUAAGGAGAAUGCCUCCAGCAGCAACAUGCAGUAUUUAGUAGGCCUACCUUUCUGUGUUACAUCCAUAGAGGACAGGGCUGCGAGCGCUUGUUCCCUCUCUAGACCCGGUUCUGCUCAGCGGCCCGGAUCGUCUCGCUGCCCCUCCAGUCGACCAGGCAGUUCCAGAACUCUGUCCUCCCCAGGCUAUAGUUCCAGGCCUGGCUCAGGUGAAUCAGAUCCAGACAAUUCAGAACCUGAUGCAAGCGAGUUAACACAUGGAGCGGGCCGUGUCUUGUUGUGUGGAAACCCUGUGCAGGCCCUUAGAGCUCUCAGACAGAAGGGCAAGCCCCAAGCCCCUGCCUUCCCCCCCAACUCCUACCGGCUGCCAAGCCAUGUUCCAGAGCACACGUAUGACACAUACGAGGAGUCAGAAGAGUGGAACCGCAGUGACGUGUUCGCAGAGCUUCUGGCUUGGAGAGAUGAGCAUAACAAACGGCUACUUGCCAUUGAGAAGGAUCGCCAGCCACAAGUAAUGGCCAUACUCCACGGUGAGGAAGACGAUGAGGACAGUACAGACGAGGAUGAAGAGGUGACAGGCCACAGUCUAGCCAGUGAUCAUGAAGAAGAGAAGGAGACGAAGACGAAAGAAAGUGGAGAGAAAAGAAGCAGUAAAUGCUGGAGCCGCAUUGAUUCACCUGACUCCUCUUUUUUAUCUCUCUCUUCAGACCUGUCCGAGCAAGAAGCCAUGUCUCCUGAUGACGACUCGAGGCCCUCCCUCCCAUCAGAGCUCACCUUAACUCCGUCGCCCCCUCAGCCGCCCGUGCUGCCUUCUACUGGCCGGAAGCUGCCAGAGGCGCGCGCCCGCAGGCUCAAAUCCAUCCAGCACCAGCCGCCCCCGGGCACCAGGCCAUCCCCGCUGGGCGCAGAGUCAGGCCCAGAGGCGGGCCCCGAACCUGGGGAUGAGGAGGUGGAGGUGGAGGUGGUGAGGAGGCACAGUCUGACCGACUGGAGCACCAGUGGGGCCUGCAGGCCAGCCUCCAGUCCUGUGGUGCCAGGCCACAGAGAACCAUAUGUGGAGGCUGCUGGGGGAUACGCUCUGUCCAACAACAGCAAACACCAUCAGCCUGUCAUAAGCUCCAAGCUAACAGACAGAGCCGCCCUAGCACGACCCCGCACUGCGAGGGCGGCUCUCCAGAGACUGUCGAACCACUACCCUCUCCUGCCCAGGAGAGCCAGUACUCAGCCCAAAUGAGCCUGCCAACCACUCAUCACUUACAUGGUAUGUCUCCCAAAAGUGUCAUUUUGCAACAACCAUGAUUGCUAAGAGGGCAUUUAGAAUGAUCGACUCUGCGAUUGUUGCAUGGUAACACUUUUGGAAAACACACCCCUGAUGUUUUGUUUUUAGCAGCUUCUGCAUGGAGCUGACCUUGUGUUUGUUGUGUCACAAGUUUGUUUUUGUGUUUUGCUUUUGUCAUCUGAUUUUUGAGUUGCUGGAAGAAUGUAAUUGUACAGUAAAUAAUUUCCUAUUUUUCUUUUUUUUUAGAAGGAA